GGUCUGAGGAUCUCUCUGCUGCAUGAUCUUGUCAUUAACAAAAAGCAGUAGGAGGUUGUGGAGCUCUUCUCAUCUUUGUGCAUGCUGUGUUGGAGCCAGUGAUGAGAGGGUCCCAACAGCAGUGAGACCCACAGCACUCAAGCUUUCGGUCUCCUCUUUACUUCUGAAUUACACUCAUUGCUCUCUUUUGGAUUAUUGCUUUUUUCUCUCUUUUUUUGAAUGCUGAAGACAUCUAUGGAGGAUUGACAGAAGAAUCUGCAAGGAGGAUUAACUUUGCAACUUUUUCAAACCAACUUUUUCUUCUUUGAAGUCAGUUUUAUAAGAUUUUAUUCGUCUGGAAUAAUGCCCCCGUGCUGGAGUAGAAGCUCCUGGUUUCCAGUGGUGUUUGGUGCUGCGCUGGUUGUUCUUACAUCUGGCAAUGCUGGACCGAACCAGGACAGGAGGCAGGCUGCGUCCUCCUCAUGCUUUGGAGGCUUUGAUCUCUACUUUGUGUUGGACAAAUCUGGGAGUGUGCAGAAUCACUGGACAGAAAUCUACAACUUUGUUGAACAUCUCGCCCAUAAAUUCUUAAGUCCACAGUUGCGGAUGUCCUUCAUUGUGUUCUCCACCGAGGGAAGGAUCUUAAUGAGCCUGACAGAAGACAGGGAAAAAAUUCGUAAAGGUCUGGAGGAGCUCCACAGGGUUCUUCCAGGGGGAGACACCUUCAUGCAUGAAGGCAUCCUGAGGGCCAGCGAGCAGAUAUAUUAUGGAAACACUGAAGGUUAUCGCACUGCCAGUGUUAUCAUAGCUCUGACAGAUGGAGAGCUGCAUGAGGAUCUUUUCUACUAUGCUGAGAGAGAGGCUAACCGCUCACGGAGUCUGGGUGCCUCUGUUUACUGCGUCGGGGUGAAGGACUUCAAUGAGACACAGCUGGCUAAGAUUGCUGACAGUAAGGACCACGUCUUCCCAGUGAAUGAUGGAUUUGAGGCCCUGCAGGGGGUCAUCGACUCGAUCCUGAAGAAGUCCUGUAUCGAGAUCCUUGCAGCAGAGCCCUCCAGUAUCUGUGCAGGAGAGACCUUUCAAGUGGUGGUGAGAGGAAAUGGAUUCCUCCACGCCCGAAACGUCGAUAAGGUCCUGUGUAGCUUCCGCAUCAACGACACUGUCACUAAGAUGGUAAAGCCUUUGGUUGUGGAAGAUACAUAUCUUCUCUGCCCCGCACCAGUGCUUCAAGAUGAGGGGAUGGCAGCAAACCUUUAUGUCAGUAUGAACGAAGGUCUCAGUUUCAUCUCCAGUUCGGUCACCAUCACCACUGUGGGCUGUUCUGAUGGGACAAUCCUGGCCAUAGCUCUGCUCAUCCUGAUGCUGCUCCUGGUCUUGGCUCUCCUCUGGUGGUUCUGGCCUCUCUGCUGCACUGUGAUCAUCCAUGAGCCCCCACCUCCAGCUGUGGAGGAGAGUUCGGAUGAUGAAGACUUUGAAACGCCUAAGAAGAAAUGGCCAACUGUAGACGCCUCCUACUAUGGAGGAAGAGGAGUUGGGGGAAUCAAAAGGAUGGAGGUCCGCUGGGGGGAGAAAGGCUCCACUGAAGAAGGAGCAAAGCUGGAAAAGGCCAAAAAUGCCAAAGUGAAGAUGCCUGAGCAGGAGUAUGAGGUGGGCCCCACACGGGUCCUCAACAACGGCAUGCAUAAACCCCCAGGGCCACGCAAGUGGUACUCACCCAUUAAGAGCAAACUGGAUGCAUUGUGGGUGCUUUUAAGAAAAGGCUAUGACCGUGUGUCUGUGAUGAGACCUCAUCCAGGUGACAAGGGCAGAUGUAUGAACUUCACUCGCACAAAGUCUCCCUCUGCCCGCUACCCACACUACAACCACCACGCAUCUCCCAUCUACAACCCUCCCAGCAGGAGUCCACCUCCGCCUCAGGGCACCCUCCCACCAAGCCCCAACAGCGCUCCGUCAUCUCCAACGUUCUCCUUCUCCACCCUUCCACUGCUGCCUCCAACACCUCCUCCCACCUGCACCACUCCCUCCCCACCAAUCACACCUCCCCCUUACACCCCACCCCCCAGUCGGGCUCUUCCUCCGGCUAACCUGCACAUACCUGCCCCGCCAGCACCCCCACCCACCCCUCCACCCUCUGCCUCCCCGACCGGCUCCCUGCCUCCUCUUCCACAGGGACCUCCUCCGGGACGAGCCCCUCCACCUGCUCGCCCACCUCCUCGCCCUGGCCUGUAGGGCUCUGAGAGCAGCAGAUGAGUUUACCAAGAUUUAAAAAGGCACCGACAGUCAGCACAUGACCAUCAUUGAUUGUACCUGCGAGGACAUGCGAGUGCCUCGCGCUGCGCUCAGUGGGCUGUGGCUUUUCUGCCUUGUGAAGUAAAGCAGAGAGAACUCGUUUUCAGCUAUUUGUCUACAAUGACUUUGGUACACAUUUAGCCCAACAGUGCAAUUGUUCUGAUGCUUGAAUUACACAGACAUUCCUUACAAAUGAGGUCAUGCCGGCCAGCUCUAAAACAUUUGCCUCCGUGCUCCUCAGAGCUGCUUCAGGCCCCGUCGUCCCCUCCGAGAGCACGCAAGAUUGGAUGAAUCCUGACCAAGCAGAGGAGCAGCAGCUUGUACUAAUGCCUCUGUACAGGGAGCACUGUCAUGUUCAAAAUGAUCAUGACACCAAAAUAUGUGCCUGUGUAACAUUCCUAUCUUUUCUGAUAAGAGACAAAUGGCUCAUGUUACAAAUGUUCCUCACAGGAUGAUUUAGAAGAAUCUGAAAAUCCCUGAUUUUUUACUCUUGAAUGUUGAGCAAUUGCAUGCAAUGGUGUUUGAGUUGUUCUUUUUUUAUAACGUUUCUACCUUGUUUUAUACAGCACGAAUGCAUUUUUUAUUUGUAUUUUUAUUGAUGAGUGGACCACAGUUUUCAUUUUUAAAUCAUAAAAAUAAUGAUCGCUGAUAACCCAUGUACAGUGAGCGUACAAUCUGAACUUGUUAAGCGUUUGACUUCCGUGACAUGUAUAAAUCCAGCCUAAUGUGAGACACAGCUGGCUUAUUUUUGUGAACAAUGGGAUUUAGUCACUAAAUUAGCUCUAUUACUAUAACCGACCUGGCCGAGAUGACUGCAAUCACAGCAUAUGCUCCGUCUAUCAUUACAUGGACACAAGUAUGUCAGAGUCAGGGAAAUGCUUUGCACAUCAUCUUGCUCAUCCACCCACGGCCUCUAGCUAAAGUUGGCUUUAUGAAACAUUUUGAUAUAACCAUGUGUGUUCAGAUAUCUGUGUGUGUGUGUGUGUGUGUGUGUGUGUGUGUGUGUGUGUGUGCGUGCGUGUGUGUGUGUGCCAAAAAGGAAAAAAGAAAGUCUACUCUUCAUAUUCAUGACUGCCAGUUUAAUCAACUGAAACAAAAUGAUCCAGUUUUUUGUUUUUCUGUACAAGGUGCUUUUAAUAUAAGCAUUCUGUUUCAUGGGUCAAAUAAAGUUCAGUGUAGACUGAUUAGAGGUUAAUAUGAAGCUGUGGUGAUCAGAUGAGUCUCAGCAGAAAGCAGUGACGACUUAAAGCUCGGCUUAAGAGGUCAGAAAGUCUUUCACUCAAUGCAUCUUAUAUAAAUGUCACAGUAAAACUAAAAAGACUGUAUGUAACUUUCCACCAGUACAGUACAGUAUGUAGACACCUUUGUUUGUUUCAUUCAAAAUGAAAGUAAACAAUUUAAAUCGGACUCUUUGUCUUCCUGUAUUUCUCUUAAAAUACAAUUAUCGACCUGUAAACUGUCCUGAUUUACUUCCUGACAACGUAAAAAAAAGCCACUUUGCUCUCUAAGCUUUCAUCAAAAGCCUGUAAAGAAUUUAACGGGUUUUUCCCCGUAUUUCCUGGAGUCACUUUUAAUCCACAGCUCCUCCUUUUCCAAACUCAGCAG